CGAAGACGCGUUGGCGCAUGCGCCUGACUUCCCUUUUUUUUCCUGCCCGAUCUGUUUCACAGCAAUGGCGUCCGUGCUGCUGCAGGGUCUGGUAGUCCAGACUUACCGCCGUUUUCUGACUGCCGCUGCCAGCCGUGUCGCGCUCCGCCCGCAGCCGCGCCGAGAGAACAAGCGCUGGGUCCGCGCUUACCUGGAGCAGCAGCGCGCGCUGGAGCCCCCGAUGCGCCGCUCUGAAAAACCUAAUUGGGAUUACCAUGCAGAAAUACUAGCAUUUAGUCAUCGAUUGCAUGAGAAGUUUUCCUUGGAUAUUCUCAAAACUGCCUUCAUUAAUCGUUGUUACAUUAAAAGUGAAGAAGCCAGACGCAAAAUGCUGGGACUAGAAAAAGAAGAAAUUGCUCUUAAUCUCAAGGACAACCAACAACUUUCAGAGCAGGGGGCUGCUUUUUCUCAUUCAUAUCUCACAGAAUGCUUUGAAAAGGCCUUUCCAAAAAUUCCACCAGCUGGCAUUGAGGCUAUUGUUAACUUUCUCACUAGUGAAGAACUGGUAUCUUAUUUGGCCAAAAACUUGUCUUUACAAGACUUGACACUUUGCGCAGAAUUUCCUGUACCACCUAACGUGCUUCAGCAAACACUCUUUGCUGUAAUAGGCGCAUUGCAUCAAAGCAGUGGCCCUCAGAGAACAGAGAUCUUUGUCAGGGACUUCUUCAUUCCCCAGUUGAUAGGAAAAGACCUAUUUGAACUUUGGAAUGUGGUAAACCCCAUGGGCUUACUGGUGGAAGAACUGGCCAAGAGGAAUGUGUCUGCUCCAGAGCCAAGGCUAACAAGACAGUCAGGAGCCACCACUGCCUUACCAUUGUUCUUUGUUGGAUUGUACUGUGACAAGAAGCUUCUGGCAGAAGGAACCGGCGAAACAAUAUUGGCUGCUGAAGAUGAGGCUUCCCGUGUGGCCCUCCGGAAACUUUAUGGGUUUACUGAGAAUAGGCAGCCUUGGGAUUAUUCUGCUCCAAAAUUGGAGCAGAGAGCAGAAAAUGUAAUUAGCAGCAGUUAGGCAGAAAAGUUUGCUCCUACUUUCUGUACAAAUCUUUUCAAGAAACUUUAUUUAACCAGUUACUGUGUAGCUUGGGUUUUGAAAACACCCACAUUUCCUUCAACAGGAAAUAAUACUGGGGCAGAGAGAAGUCUUAUGUUCACAAAUAAAUAACUUUGAAGAGCAGGACUUUUGACCAAUACCAUCGUAGGAUUCACACCCCUUACCCGGGAAGUUUGACCCUUGGAAAUAUUAAAUAGCUGUUAUCCAUGGACACUGCAAAAAGGCAAACAAGUAUGAUUAAUGAUCUCUCUCAAAAGUUUUGCACAGUAUGUGGAAUGUUAGCUCAGUUGAGACUUCAGUUGCAAAAUAACAUGGUAACAAGAUGAAAAGCUAAGAUGUAAAACCUCAGUCUAAUUUAGGGCAGUACAAUGUUUUAUAUCCUGCCAUGGAAUAAAAUUUAUUUAUAGCUA